AUGGUGGUCAAACCCAACGGUCGUGAACUUCGGUUAUACCCUGAGUGCCACACAAGUCCAAAACAUAUUGAACUAACAAAUUUGCACCCCUUGACAGGUGAAGACGGCUUAACAGGGAAACCAACUGGGUGUUUGAUGAACAUCUCCCCCGGAUCAACGAAGUACUGGACCCCACAGUGUGAAGCGGCCAAAACGCCUUUUGAGGGACAAGUGUUCACUACUUUGGAGGGAGGAAUUGAGUUCUACAAAGCUUAUGCCACUACUGCUGGGUUUGAUGUGCGGCGCGCUUCCGAAAAAACGGACUGGCAAGGGCAAAUCACGUGGAGGUAUGUGUUGUGUUCACGUUUUGGCUUCAAACUCCCUACCGGCCAAGGGGAUGGGGUAGGGGUGCUAUCAGCCGAAGACAAUGCCCCAACUAAAAGGCGCCGUGUCACGAAUAGGGUGGGGUGCAACGCUAAAAUAAUAUUCAAGAGAGCAAAGGACGGUAAUGGUUAUGAGGUAGCGGCAAUUGAGAAGCGCCACACCCACUUGUUGUGCACUGCAGUUUCUAGGCCCUUCAUGAAGGCAAACCGGAACCUAGACCUUGGGCACCAAAACUUCAUCAUCAAUUGUGCCAAGGCAAAUAUCGGGUACACCAAAUCAUUUACACUAUAUGAAGAGAUGGUUGGAGGGUUUGAGAAUGUUGGAGCUACAGUAACAGAUUUCGGGAAUUACAAAAGAGAUAUAAUGGCGUACAUAGAAGGCGCAGAUGCCCAAUUAGUGAUUGACAAGUACAUGGCAAAGAAAGAAGUGUCCACCGACUUCUAUUUUGCCCACGAUGUUGAUGAGCUUGACCAACUAUGUCGAAUAUUUUGGGCAGACCCACAAGCUCGACACAAUUUCAAACUACUCGGCGAUGUUAUGUCCUUCGACGCCACAUACAGUACAAACAGGUACAAGCUGGUGUUCGUGCCAUUCACCGGGGUGGAUCACCACAAGAAGAGUGUGACAUUUGCAGCCGGAUUAAUUGCCAAAGAAGAUGUGGACUCCUACACCUGGCUGCUCGAACACUUCAAAACGGCAAUGGGUAAAGUACCCACGUGCACAGUUACUGACCAAGAUCCAGCGAUGAGAGUGGCAAUAUCGCGUGUUUUUGAUACAACACGCCACAGAUACUGCAUGUGGCACAUCAUGACAAAGGUUUGCGAAAAGGUAGGGCCCACAUUAGCAAGGAACGAAGAUUUCUUAAGAAGCCUAAACAAUGUGGUUUGGAAUGAGACGCAAACAAUUAGUGAGUUUGAAGCAGCAUGGCAAACAGUAAUGGAAAAACAUGAACUGGUUGACCACAGAUGGUUUACCCACUUGUUUGAGAUGCGUGAAUAUUGGAUACCAGCAUUCUUUAACGACAUGUUCAUGGGUGGCUUAAUGAAAACAACCUCAAGGUCGGAGUCGGAGAACAACGUCUUCAACAGCUGCACUUCCCCACAUCUAAGUUUAACGGACUUCUUCAUAAAGUUUGAGAAAGCAAUAGACAAACAACGCCACACCCAAACAAGGCUAAACGCAGAUUGUGAGGACAAAUUCCCAGAGUUGAAGACAACUUUAUUGCUAGAGCGUCAAGCUGCUACAACAUAUACAAUCGCUAUGUUCUAUGAUGUCCAAAAAGAGAUACUUGAAGCAUGCUUCUUAUCCCAAAUCAUUAACAAAACAGUUGAAGGAAACACUGUCAGACUUGAAAUAGAGGAUACAAACAAGAUGAUGCACUCAGUGGAAUACAAUUCUGCCACCCGGACAACACACUGCACAUGCAACAUGUUCAAUAGGAUUGGGCUACAGUGUAGGCAUGUGUUGUUGGCGUUUAAGGAUGCACGUUUAGAAAGAAUACCAGGACAAUAUAUCACUCCACGAUGGACCCGCACUACAUGUUGGCCAUACGCACAGCUUUAUGCAAACCCCGAACAAGGCGGGCCUACAGAAGUUUUAAGUGGGGAUACGCGAAUAGGUACCGUAUUCGAUGAGUUCUUCAAGUGUGUUGGGAACGCGUACGGUAACACUGAUCGAAUAACAGAGCUAGCACAAAUAUUGAAAGAGUAUAGAGAAAAGACAACAGAAAGCAUGCCGCAAAUGGAAACUAGAGCAAAGAAAACUGAUGCAGUUUUUUUAGUAGGAGAUGUACAUGGCAAUGUGCACUCCUAG